AUGGACGAUAAAAAAGGUUCAUCGAUGGAUCCGCAAAAUGUGGAACUUCUACGAGUGGAUAAAGGACUGGUGGAUGAUACCGCAGCACAGUCGGAUUGGGCUUCCAAGAAAUUAGUUUGGGUGCCAGAUGACAAGCAAGGCUUUGUUGCUGCAACAGUGCUCCAAACGGAAGGAGAGGAGCUCACAGUGCAAAUAACGGACUCCGGAAAGAAGUGCAAAAUUCAUCGUGAUGUUGUACAAAAAAUGAACCCUCCUAAGUAUGAAAAGGCGGAAGAUAUGGCAAACUUGACUUAUUUAAACGAAGCCUCGGUGCUGCAUAAUCUGCGUUCUCGCUAUUUCUCGGGGAUGAUAUAUGGGGAGCUGGAGGCACAGUUGCUCAAGGCAAACCCGAUCCUGGAGGCUUUUGGUAAUGCCAAAACCAUCAAGAAUGACAACUCUUCACGUUUUGUAAGUCCAAUUCGGUACUAG